CAAAAAAAUAAUGUUAAAUCGGGCGGGCAAUUGUGGAUGUAAACAAUAAUGCUUUUUUGUGUUUUAAAUAUUUUUAAAUAUAUGUGCAGGUAAAUACGCAUUUUCUCCAGAAAUUCAUCGAUGAAUAUACAGUUAAGAGAGUAUGGUACAGCUAUCGAGAAGAGCGGCGCGUGAGCUACAGAAAGGAGGGGCUUCGGAAGUAUGGGCUCGCAUCAUGGGGUUGGUCACCCCUGAGAUCAUCGAUCUUGGACAGGGCUAUCCCGAUCUGGCUGGUUCUGAUGUAGCCAGAAAGAAGGCGAGUGAAGUUCUGCUUGAUGAAAGCAAACCACGAUUAAAUCAGUACAGUCCAGUUCCUGGAAAUGUGACUCUCACACAUGCACUCGCCAAGUUCUACUCGCCCAAAAUGGGUCAGGAAAUUAUCCCUGGUUCGAAUGUGGUUGUGGCUGCAUCUGGUACCGAGGCGUUGUAUUGCGCUAUAAUGAGCAUCAUCAAUCCUGGAGACGAAGUGAUUAUUUUUGAACCGUAUUUCCCGUGGUACGCUCCUUUUGUGCGGCUAGCAGGUGGUGAGGCCAGAAUUAUCGAGUUGAAGGCACCCAAGUUUGAACUGCCCAUCGAUGAGCUUAGGGAGAUAGCGGCGGGGCCUAAAGUCAAGGCCAUCAUAUUCAAUACACCGCACAACCCCACCGGUCACGUCGCUACACCGGAGGAAAUACAAGCUCUGGCGGACGUUUGUAUAGAGAACGACAUCGCUCUGAUUAGCGACGAGGUGUACGAGAGCUGCAUAUUCGAUGGACACAAGCAUCUGCGCGUGGGGGCACUACCAGGAAUGCCCGAACGCACAGUAACCAUCGGAAGCGCCUCGAAAAUGUUUAAUCUCACCGGCUGGAGAGUUGGGUGGGCCCUGGGACCCGCAGAUUGGCUCGGCGGGUUCAAAGCCUUACACUCGUACAUCACAUACUGUGCUCCUACUCCGCUACAAGUCGGUGUAGCGGACGCACUCGAGAAUGAUACAGCAACAGAACUAGUUGUCUCCAAGAUGUUCGCAUCCAAUGCACACAUCCUGGGAGCUGCACUAGAAGCUCUCGGUGUGGAGGUAAUCCUUCCAGAAGGGGGCUAUUUCCUGAUUGCUGAUGUUGCUAAGACUGGCAAGUCUGACACAGAGUUUGUCGAAUGGCUUGUGAAGACCAAAGGUGUCGCAGCCGUCCCGAUGAGUGUCUUCUACCAAGACCCACCCGCUGGUACCACCAAAAGAUGCACACUAGUCCGCUUCGCGAUCUGCAAACAAGAGGAUACAAUUGCUAAAGCUUGCGAACGACUUAGGAAAUAAACUCCCAAGCUAUUCUCGUA